AUGAAUCCUCUUAUCGUUUUGGGCUCUAGAAUUGGAGAAGAUCCCCAAGGAUUCUUGGAUGAGAUUCACAAAAUUGUGGAUGCUAUGGGAGUAUCUUCUGGAGAGAAAGAGGAAUUGGCUUCAUACCAAUUGAAGGAUGUGGCCCAAAUUCGGUACACUCAAUGGAACGCAAAUAGGCCGGAGGAAGCGGGUCCUAUAGAAUGGGAGGAUUUUAAGAAAUCAUUCUUGGGUAAGGUGAGGAAAGAUUUAAAAAGGAGUAGGUAUGAGGAUCAAGGACAACCUAGGUUUAAGAAGAGGGCUCCAAAUCAAGAUUUCUCAAGUGCUCCUAAGGUUAACCAUGAAGGAUGUGGUGGUUCUCAAAUUGCUAAGCCUACUUAUUCCACUUGUGGAAAGAAGCAUUUUGGGAAGUGUUUAUCCGGCACUAGUGGUUGCUAUGGUUGUGGGUAA